UGCCCUGGCUGCGCUGAGGGACAGGCUGGAGGAGUACGGCAGAGAAAAGUCUGCGCUGGAGAGCCGCUCCAGUGAGAGUGUUGACGCCUUGGCUGCCAUGGAGCGCCAGCUACAGGAGCGUGAUGAUGCCCUGGCUGCGCUGAGGGACAGGCUGGAGGAGUACGGCAGAGAAAAGUCUGCGCUGGAGAGCCGCUCCAGUGAGAGUGUUGACGCCUUGGCUGCCAUGGAGCGCCAGCUACAGGAGCGUGAUGAUGCCCUGGCUGCGCUGAGGGACAGGCUGGAGGAGUACGGCAGAGAAAAGUCUGCGCUGGAGAGCCGCUCCAGUGAGAGUGUUGACGCCUUGGCUGCCAUGGAGCGCCAGCUACAGGAGCGUGAUGAUGCCCUGGCUGCGCUGAGGGACAGACUGGAGGAGUACGGCAGAGAAAAGUCUGCGCUGGAGAGCCGCUCCAGUGAGAGUGUUGACGCCUUGGCUGCCAUGGAGCGCCAGCUACAGGAGCGUGAUGAUGCCCUGGCUGCGCUGAGGGACAGACUGGAGGAGUACGGCAGAGAAAAGUCUGCGCUGGAGAGCCGCUCCAGUGAGAGUGUUGACGCAUUGGCUGCCAUGGAGCGCCAGCUACAGGAGCGUGGUAACGCUUUCAAUAUUUUUGAUGGUCCUGUUAAUGAGAUUUGCAUGGAGAAACCUUCACUUGGUGUACGAUUGAAGACGGGAACGGAUAUGUUUGUAGUGUUUUUGAGAAGGUUGCGUGGUUUGGGUGAAGGAGAAUAUGGGGUGUCGUUUCAAGAUGGGUUGUGCACUUUUCAUCAUGCGAAAGAUAGUUAUUUUGUUGCUUUUUUGUGGGGAGUUUUUAAAUCUUUGCGUUCGCUGAGGAAUUUUGUUUUUGGUUGGAAUUGGAAUGGGAAUUGUAGGAAUGAUGACUGGUGGGAUGCGUUGGGACAUGUGCAACUAGAAUUUGGUUGUGUUGAGGCGGAAUUGCAUGAAUUUUCUGAAUUGCUGAGGAAGUUAGAGGAGGAUUGUAAGGAUACAGAGCCGACGCGUCGUUUGCAGGAAUUGAUUGAUAUUCAUGCUGGUUACGGUGAGAAUGAGGAUGCUGCAUUGAAUUUAGAGGAGGAUUUUGAGGUGCUGAUUCGGGAACUUAGGCAUCGUGUAUGUGAGAUGAAAACGAUGCUGGUUGGACAGAGUGUGAGAGAGCGAUUGAUUCAGGCGCGAAUUGAUGCUCUCAGCAGUGGAAUUCAUCGUGUCGCCAAUUUGUCAUUCGUUGUGAAUGGAGAAGUAGAUAAGGAUAAGAGACGUCGUGCUUUGGAGGAAUUGCAUGAGAAGCAUGACAGUUUGUCAGAGGAGUUGUCUUCUGUAGGACGUGGUUUGUUGGUGCUGUAUGCAUUGCAGCAAGGACGGGAGGAAACUUUCUUACGUCCAUUACACGAAUACUCUCCGUUUUUAGCGGCAAAGUGUCUAAGGAAUGCUGGUUUUCUAACAGAUACCAUAGAAACUGGAGUAUUCUCUCUAACAAGUGGUGUUCUGAUGGUAGCGGUUAUUGUAACACUUAUGUAUAAGCGGUACUCUCUUAUCUAA